AGUUCAUUUUUUGACCCUUUUAUUCUUAUUCUUUAAAGAAUCUACUGUUAAUAUCACUCUCGUUUAUCAUAGCUUCUGCAUGUCGAUGACUUCAUAGGGCUUCGAAAGCCACCGCUGUUUUACUGUGGACGACGAGUCUACUGUCCUUAGCUGCAUUCUGUCACCCUACCCUAAUCAGGCCGUCCUGACGGGAUCUGCCGUUAUAGCAGACCAUUCCGAUCGAGACUUACUACCAAUAGUGACUCCGUGUCAAGCACUUUCAUAGUCAGUAUGGCGAACGCGCCGCGCCGCGUUCGUUCUAGAACCCAAAGCAUCUCGAGCGAUCGUCCGUCCGCGACUGGCCCCAAUCUUAUGGCGCCUCCUCUCACUGUGUCGCCCGAGGCGGUAUAUAUCGCCGCGUCUGCCGCCUCGCAAAUCGUCACGAAUGAUCAUGACAGCCAUGCUGAGAAAUGGUAUGAUCAAACCGGCAUUGAGCCUUCGGGGGAAGCUGCCUUGGUUUCACCAAAUGCGCUCCAGCUCGCAAACAAUUUCGUUGACCAGAUUCUGUUCAAUAUCAUUGCUAUUGCCAAAUCCACUUCGCUAUCGACACUGCGACCGGCUGUCAGUGAUGUUCUGAAGCCAAAGCUAGCCAAGGAUGCCAUCAACAACGCAGACGAGGAACUAAAAGAAUAUCUGGGCGGCGGUGAAGCUGAAGAACUUGCGCGCUCUGUCAAACCUGAAGCGUCUACGGAGUGGGAUCUCGAAUUGACGUGGAAGAGAACAAGAUUACGAUGCAUGGUCUACUCCUCUCUUGGAGACAUGGAAGAGGAAGACGAAGAUGUUUACAUGGAACAAGAGCACCUUCGGGCCGAGUCGGACGAUUACCUGUCAGAGGUAGUUUCACCUGCGGUUGCUAUCUUUUUGACUUCAAUCCUCGAAUUUAUGGGCGAGCAGGUUUUGGUUAUAGCCGGUCAAGCGGCGUUUAAUCGGUUGCGAAGUAAAUACGAGAAGGAGCUAAAGGAAGGGACUCGAACCCCCGGGGGGUUCUUUGAUCGUAUUGUUGUCGAGGAGCUGGAUAUGGAACGCGUCGCUCUCGAUCGAACUCUUGGUAGACUUUGGCGAGCCUGGAAGAAGAAGAUUCGGUCGCCCAUGGAACCUAAUUACUCACGGCCCUUUUCGCGCAAUUCUGUGAGCACCACACAUCAGCGACGGGGGAGUGCCGCUACCGAUCGACGCUCGUUAUCGCCAACUCAUAGAAACUCAGAUUCUGCGCUUGCGGUGCAGAAAGAGCAUGAUGGCGGGGUGGCCAAAGAAGAAGCGAGCCAGAAGGUAGUUCCGAAGGAGAUAAACCCGGCAGAUAUGCCUCUACCAGAGAGUGAUGUUGAAGGGACAUACAGCGACGAGGGAGAAUCCGCAGCAACGAGGGGCCAAUCUGCCCGACCCAUGAGCCUCGUUGUUCUCCCGCGGUCUGCGAAGGCCGAAGCAACGCAUACAUCUAUUCGGCGCGUACGGUCUCUCCCUACAGGAAGACGUCCUCGCCAUCUUAGAUCGCGUGCUUCUAGCCGAGGGACUGGUAACCGACAGUCCCAAGCUGAACGUAAAGAGGCAGAAAAGGAUGUCAUUUCUACGAUGGAAGGCAAGGAAAGUAGCACCAGCGCCAACAAACGUUUCGGCGAGAAGACUACCGCGAAUGGUCUGAUACUACCAAAAUUAGAUACUCGUGCCUCAUCCUCAGCAUCAAUGGCGACCACCAGCGACGCGCUGCAUACUGAUUUUGAAGAGGAUGAAAUUGAUGAUUUCACCGAAGAACCCGAAAUAUUGACAUCCUCUCGGAUUUCCAUAGGGGGAAGAAGUUCGCCUUCUACCUCGGAGUCCGGCAAGCCCGCCUCCCUAAUUCUCGGAAGAUCUAAUAGCGUUCGGUCUGUGCGUGUUAUCGAAGUGCAAAGCCCUCGCAGUCCAACCGUUGGAUCUCGCGCAAACUCUAUGGACGUGUACGAUCCUGCUUUAAACAGUCGUAGAAUUGCGACUCCCCCGAUUGUGGAAGAGAAUAGGGCUGAUAAGAGAAUCAUUACGCAAACGGCUUACGAUAGAUCCCAGGAUGUUGUGGUAGCACCACCACGGAACCCAAGCCCUCUGAGAAGUGUUCACUCACAGUCAUUACAGCCGUUGCAUGAGGUUCCGGCCCCUACUAAAGUGUCAAUCGUGAGUGGGCCUGGCCCCGACGGAUUUCAGGAAGAAAAGCCGGCGACACCUCUAAAGAUGCCACGGAAUCCACCACUGCCAACGCUACCGGAGAGGAGCACUAGUAGGCCAAAUUAUGGACGGUCGAGCUCGGCUGGCGUCUCCUCUGAUACAUCCGCUCGAAGGGGCACGCCCGAAUCACCUUUACCACCGCUCCCUGUACCGAGCGAGUCCCCCUCUUCGACGUCAACUAAGUUUAAGGCUGUUCGUAGUUCUGAAGAUAACGGUGCUGAGGAGGGACCCAACUUUGAGCAACUACUCAACAGUGGAGAAACCAUACAGUAUACUCUCACGCCAGAGACUAUGCGUGACAUUGAGUCUUCUUCUAAUGGAAGCCCUAAGCCGUCUACCAGGUCUCACAGAAGCGACGACGCCAGACUUCACCGCUCACGAUCCUCCUCUAGCAAGAGGUCCACGUCGGCGAGCAGACAAAGCAAUCCCAUAACCAAGCAGACAAGUCUGGGAUCCCAUCCUCCUACAGACCUGCCCAUCACUAGAAAGUUUCCCGGGUCGGUUCCGAAUAUGCCCAUCUCGGUUCCACCGAAGGGCCGAUCAGCUGCCGUGCCGCAGGCAAGGGAGGCGCGAAUUCCUCGGGAAUCAUUACAUGACUUUGCUGAAUUUAUUCGAUCCACCGGACCCCCCGGUGAGCAUAGUGCCAAAUAUAGCCGGAUGCACGCAGGUUCAGUUGGCACCGUUCGGGUUUCAGCAGACCCUUCCCAUGCGAAGAGUGCAAGCAUCGACAGCCGAAAGACGAGCUCGACUAUGCGAACCCACUAUCAAGCUAGGGAGGCUGCCGUCAACCCUGGCAGUGAAAACUCGGAUCUGAUUGAUUUUAUUCGACGAGGACCACCUAACAGCAACAACAACAACCACCGGAUUCCUCGCCAUGUUGCGCCGUUCCGCACCACCAUGGACUCGGAUCAAAUGCAAAUGACUGGGGCGACUGGAGGCAAGGCGAUCGACGCUGUGAUUCCUAAUAUCCGAAAUAGCGAAAUUCCUACGAAUGUCAUGGAGACGUCUGCUCCUUCUUCGAUGAAUUCGCAGAGUGCUCUUCUCCACAAGGCAAAUAGAGUCCAGCAACAACAGCCCGGCAACAGCUUUGACGAUGAUGAUAUGAUGCCGAAGCGGACACGACGUCGGGUCCGCGACCCUUAUGCAAUUGACUUUAGCGAUGAGGAGGAGGAGGAAGAGGAUGAUCUGUUUGACAUAGUGCCAACGCCAAAGCCGAAACCGAAGAGGGAAGAGAGCCUGAUCGAUUUCCUUAACAGUUACCCUCCUCCUCCCGAACCUAUUCAACAAUCCGUCACCAUUCCAAAGAAGAAGCACAGCGCACCAAACUUGAUGGCACGCUUAAGAUCGAGCGGAAGUUCCAUUGGCAGGUCAGCCUCGAGUGCUGGCUCUAAAGCAUUCAACAUGGCUGAAUCAAGGUCGCUCAAUAGCCGGGCCAGCCUCAGCAACAACAAGGGCCACACUCCUAUUGUUAUCCCGUCCAGGCCAGUCAAUUUUGGGCGUGAACCCGUACCUAACACAAACGCACCCCUUCCUCCUCUACCCACGACUAGUUCGUCAGGGCGUGUUCCGAUGAAGAAAUUCGAACCCCGCGACGCUGUUUCUGGUCGCAGCGCAACAUCGGAUCUAGCGACCUUCUUACGUGAUUCCGAGCCGCCACCACAAACGAUGGCAUCACUUCCCUCUCCUACCGAGAAUAAAAGCAAUGGCCUCUCACGAAUGUUCGAACGUCGGAAGAGAUACACAGCAUUUUGAUCAUAUAACUGGACCGCAUUUUAAUUCUAUAGUGUAUAAAUUUGCCCCUUAUAUUUGGGAUCUAUGGCCAGGAUCUUAUUUAUUUUUUUAAAAGUUCUAGAGCGAGAAUGGUGUCGUAGCAGGCUGAAGGAUGUGGUGUUUUCGGCCUACGGAUGGGGAGGAUGUUGUGUAUAUUAAGUAUCUAUCUUUGAUACCAAACGGCUAUUUCUCAUUUUCUAUUACCUGUCUCGGCGUCGACUGGAACUAGUUGUUCGGUCUGAGUCUUUUACUUGAUACCACGCAGUGCUCCUUUCUCGUUUGUGUUGUUAGAUGGCUGGAAAGGGGAGGAGAAAAGAGAAAAGGGGGGAAGCGAGAGAUAGGAUGCGGUGACUGCGAUUUACCGAUUUUAUAUGUGUACCUACCUAUCCAUUUAACCUUAGGCACUUUGGAAGCUUGUUGAAAUGAGGCUUGUAAUGUUAAGUUGUCAUGUUGUGAAAUACUUGGAUGAUGUAGUAGUAUCUGAAUGCUAGGUGAAUGGCCUAUUAUCUAUUUGACUCGGGACCUUGUAUGUUGGUGGAAUCACG